AUGAGGAGUCGACUGAAGAAAUAUUUGGUUGGCGAGAUCUGCGAUCUGACACAAGAAGAGGCUAAGGUGUUUGGAUAUAUUGCUGUAAAUUAUGAAGUGGAUCAGUCGGAUCUACUCUUCUACUGCCCGGCGACUAAGGAGGCCGCCGCGGAUCGAGACAAGUUGAUGCGCUUGGUGACAUUUUGCAUCACUAUCACACGAGCUUGCAGGGUGGCCAUCAAGAAAUCGGUCGUACCUAUGAUCGGCUCCGCGAUCAUUUCCAUUGGAGAGGGCUAUAUAAGAGUAUACAGUGAUAUGUGGGAGAAUGAGUUGAUUGCGAAACAGGCAAAGAACGACCUCGGAUCCUGCGUGAGUCACCUGGUAACCUUCAGGCAAAAUACCCAUUCCAGAUCGUUGCCAUGGAUCAUGCCUAAAACCUUCAAUAGUAACCCAGAACUGUUGAUCUUCGUGGAUCAAUUCUCUGGAUAUGUGAUCACCAAGGCCAGAGCCUCCAGAUCUGCACAAACGAUCGCUGAGACUUACGAAGAAUGCGUUUUCCGCAGAUUUGGUGCGAGCGAGGUGAUCCGACAUGAUCGAGAGCCAGCCUUUAUGUCUGACUUCUUCAAGCCCUUUAACAAGAUAUUGGGUUAA